GCCAGGAGAAAGAGGACCAAUUCCAGGCCAUUCGGCCGUUUUUCAAACUAAAAGUUUGGAAAGGCCUGGGCGACUAUGAAAAGGAGAGUUAUGUUAGUAUGAAGAGGAAUUUUGAUGUGCUGGUGAAAGCAGGUCUGAAACCAAAAAAGCCACACUUCAUGAGAUCCGAGGAGGAGGAGGAGGAGGAGGCGGAGGAGGAGGAGCACCCCCCAGCACCCAAGAGGCAAAGGCGUGAUAAGAACAAGAAGGACCCGUUCACCUACAACGAGGGAACACCAACAAAAGUUUCACCUUUCAAAAAUUCUGGAUUUCUCUACCAGAGGCACCACAAGCAAGACCGCAAGGUGACAUUCAAGCGUCCAAGGCGUACUACUGCCAGAAAAGCACUGACGGAAUCCGAUGACGACACCCAUGAUUCGGACAAGGAUUAUAUCCCCUCUACCGACGAGGAUGAAGAAGAGCAAGAAGUUGAAAGUAAAACUUUGGGCGAACCAUCUUCGGAAAAAUCUGGCAAGAAUUCGAGCACAAAGUUUAGAGGAGAAACAAAGCUGAAAGUUAAUCUUGCUAAGGAACCAGGAAAUUCCAAGAGAACGGUGAAGCAAUUUCCGUACGCCACCAUACUUUCGUAUGGGAGAAAACUUUUUCAAGACCUGACAGACAAGAACUCUCCAAACCGCGACCGUGUGGUGAAGGACAAGAUGAGAGAACUUGGUCGGUUGAUGGUGGAAGUGAAGAAGCUGUCUCCCAGCACUGGUUGUAUCACCGAGCUGUUCUGUGCCACAAAGUACAGACUGGUGGUGGAGGCAGGCCGGGCAGCUGCAAAAUACCAUCCAAAAGGGAACAAAUUCAUGAGUGCAAGCUACGUUUUGAAACUGAAAAUGGACUUGAUGGAUAUCAGCAGCCACUACAUUGGUAAAUGUCUCGAUGACUUUGAGACACACCGUUUAGUGGAACCAGUCCACAUGUUCAGAGGGCGUCUGGAAAGAGAAUGGUCGAGUGACUGUGGAAAGCUGGCCCUUAGGACCUUAGAAGAUGCAAAGUGGAACAAAGUAAAGAGGCUGCCUCUGGCUGAAGAUAUAAAAACCCUGCACAUAUUCUUUAAGAAAACUGCGAAGGAAGCCCUAUUAGCCUUGAAAAAAGAUCCGUCGAAAAUGACAUAUAGGAAAUUGGUGGAAGUCACCCUUUGCCAAGUCAUGGUGCUCAACAGACGGCGGCCAGGCGAAUGCCAGUUUAUGGAAGUAGAACACUACAACAAUUCAUCGAAACUACCCGAGAGAGAAGAUAAGACCAUUCUCAACUCACUGACAGAAAUGGAGAUGGCCCUCUGUCAGCGACUGCAGCUGAUAUACAUCAGGGGAAAGAGAGGGCGAGGAGUACCAAUCAUCCUAACCACAGAACUGCAGGACGCUGUCAAACUACUCCAAAAUGUCCGAGAGAAGGUCGGCGUCCCAACAGGUAACAAUUACCAAUUCCCUGCACUGAACUCGUCUACAGGCGCAUACCGGGCAGGCGUAGUUCUGAAAAACAUGACAAAUGACUGCCCUGGGCUCAAGGAUCCUGAUUCAAUAAAAGGUACAGAACUAAGAAAACACAUAGCAACUAUGAUGCAGCUACUAAACCUUAAAGAAAAUGAGUUGGAUUCGGUUGCAACCUUUCUUGGCCACAACAUUGACAUUCAUAGGCACUAUUACCGCCUCCAAGAGUCUACCAUUCAGCUGGCUAAA